AUCAAGUCGGGUGGACUCACCAAUUACUCCCAGGGUUGUGCAGAAAUUCCCUAGCAAAGAGACCUGUGAGGACUUUUGAUGAGGUCUUGGGGAGGUGCGCGAAAUACAUGAAUGUCGAGGAAGCAGAAGCCGACUUCUUGCAAGCAUCAAAGGCGAAAACCGAACCCCGGGACGAGAAAAAAGACAAGAAAGUGAACCCGUCAGAAGAAAGGAGGGGAUCCCCGAGAGAGGACAGAGAGGGGCGACCUAGGGGAUGGAGGUCGACUCAAUACACCCCUUUGUCAGCCACUCAAGCACGAAUUUUGGAGGUGAUGGAGAAGGAAAUUCAUGACAAUGUCAUCAAAUGGCCCAAGACGAGGAAGGAUGGACCAACGAAACCUAAGAGUAAUUUAUAUUGUCAAUUUCACAAAGAUUACGAGCAUAAUACUGACGACUGUAGACAUCUUAAAGACGAGAUUGAAAGGUUGAUCAAAGCAGGACAUUUGAAGGAAUUCAUAUACAAAGACCGAGAGAAGUCGAGCAGGAGGAGAGAGAGAAGCAGGAGCCCUCGCAAGAGGGCGAGAACACAUGAGAAGAAGGAGGAGCUGCCCCAGAAGAGGAAAGUCAUACACAUGAUAUUUGGUGGAUCGACUGAUGGGGACUCGAAUCGGGCAAGAUGCUCGAGGACGCUAUGGAAAAGUCGAGGUGCAGCAAGUCGACGAAAAUGGUCCGGUGAUGAAUUUCGGGCCACCAGAUGUGGGAGAA